GCGGCCGGGGCGCGAGCGGGCUGCCUCUGAAGAAAGGAGAAUGGCGUUCAGCAAAGGGUUCCGCAUCUACCACAAACUGGAUCCCCCACCCUUCAGCCUCAUAGUGGAAACUCGGCAUAAGGAAGAAUGUCUCAUGUUCGAGUCUGGGGCUGUGGCUGUGCUCUCAUCUGCAGAAAAGGAAGCAAUUAAAGGUGCAUAUACCAAAGUACUGGAUGCAUAUGGACUUUUGGGAGUUUUACGAUUAAAUCUUGGUGAUACCAUGUUGCAUUAUCUGGUCCUAGUCACGGGAUGCAUGUCUGUUGGGAAAAUCCAAGAAUCUGAAGUUUUCCGAGUUACUUCCACUGAGUUUAUAUCACUCCGAGUUGAUGCUUCUGAUGAGGACCGCAUUUCAGAAGUCCGAAAGGUUCUGAACUCGGGAAACUUCUACUUUGCAUGGUCUGCCUCUGGGGUCAGCUUAGAUCUGAGUCUGAAUGCUCAUCGCAGCAUGCAGGAGCACUCAACCGACAACAGAUUCUUCUGGAAUCAGUCUUUGCAUUUGCAUCUCAAGCACUACGGUGUGAAUUGUGAUGACUGGCUAUUACGCCUCAUGUGUGGAGGAGUAGAAAUCAGGACAAUUUAUGCUGCCCAUAAGCAAGCAAAAGCCUGCCUCAUCUCAAGACUGAGCUGUGAACGAGCUGGGACAAGGUUUAAUGUCCGAGGGACAAAUGACGAUGGCCACGUUGCCAAUUUUGUAGAAACAGAGCAGGUUAUAUACUUAGAUGACUGUGUUUCUUCCUUCAUACAAAUCCGUGGAUCUGUCCCGUUGUUCUGGGAGCAACCAGGGUUGCAGGUGGGAUCCCAUCGUGUCCGUAUGUCGAGGGGAUAUGAAGCGAAUGCACCUGCUUUUGACAGGCAUUUCCGGACACUUAAGGAUUUGUAUGGUAAACAAAUAGUAGUAAACUUACUUGGAUCUAAGGAAGGAGAACAUAUGCUAAGUAAGGCUUUCCAGAGUCAUUUGAAAGCUUCUGAGCACGCGUCCGAUACCCUCAUGGUGUCUUUUGACUAUCACCAAAUGGUUAAAGGAGGGAAGGCAGAGAGACUACACAGUGUUCUCAAACCUCAAGUCCAGAAGUUUCUAGAUUAUGGAUUUUUUUAUUUCGAUGGCAGUGAAGUUCAAAGGUGCCAGAGUGGUACAGUUCGAACGAACUGCUUGGAUUGUCUUGAUAGAACAAACAGCGUGCAGGCAUUCCUUGGAUUAGAGAUGCUAACUAAACAGCUGGAAGCUCUGGGCUUGGCUGAAAAGCCUCAGCUGGUGACUCGCUUUCAAGAAGUUUUCCGGUCCAUGUGGUCUGUGAAUGGCGACUCCAUCAGUAAGAUAUACGCCGGCACCGGAGCCUUGGAAGGGAAGGCCAAGGCUGGGAAGUUAAAAGAUGGUGCUCGCUCUGUCACCAGAACCAUUCAGAACAACUUCUUCGACAGCUCCAAGCAAGAAGCCAUUGAUGUCCUGCUCCUGGGAAACACUCUCAACAGUGACCUAGCUGACAAAGCCCGGGCGCUCCUAACCACUGGGAGUUUGCGUGUUUCUGAACAGACAUUACAGUCAGCAUCUUCCAAAGUCUUAAAGAACAUGUGUGAGAACUUCUACAAAUACUCAAAACCCAAGAAGAUUCGAGUGUGUGUUGGAACCUGGAAUGUGAAUGGUGGGAAGCAGUUCCGCAGCAUCGCGUUUAAGAACCAGACGCUCACGGACUGGCUUCUGGAUGCUCCCAAGUUAGCUGGCAUCCAGGAGUUCCAAGAUAAGAGAAGUAAACCAACCGAUAUAUUUGCAAUUGGCUUUGAAGAAAUGGUGGAGUUGAAUGCUGGGAACAUUGUGAAUGCAAGCACAACUAACCAGAAGCUGUGGGCAGUGGAGCUGCAGAAGACGCUCUCCAGAGACAACAAGUAUGUGCUGCUGGCAUCCGAGCAGCUGGUGGGCGUCUGCCUGUUUGUCUUUAUCAGACCGCAGCAUGCCCCUUUUAUCAGGGACGUUGCGGUCGACACCGUGAAGACUGGGAUGGGAGGCGCGGCUGGAAAUAAGGGGGCCGUCGCGAUUCGGAUGCUCGUGCACACCACCAGCCUGUGCUUUGUCUGCAGCCACUUUGCCGCAGGGCAGUCACAAGUGAAAGAGAGAAAUGAAGACUUCGUAGAAAUAGCACGGAAGUUGAGUUUUCCCAUGGGAAGGAUGCUGUUUUCCCAUGACUAUGUGUUUUGGUGUGGUGAUUUCAACUAUCGAAUUGAUCUUCCUAAUGAAGAAGUUAAAGAGCUCAUAAGACAGCAAAAUUGGGAUUCUCUUAUAGCGGGGGAUCAACUCAUCAAUCAGAAAAAUGCAGGGCAGAUUUUUAGAGGAUUUUUAGAGGGAAAAGUGACAUUUGCUCCAACCUAUAAAUAUGACUUGUUUUCUGAAGACUAUGACACCAGUGAGAAGUGCCGCACCCCUGCGUGGACAGACCGGGUCCUCUGGAGGAGGAGGAAGUGGCCGUUUGACAGAUCAGCUGAAGAUUUGGAUCUUCUGAAUGCUAGUUUCCAAGAUGAAAGCAAAAUCCUUUACACAUGGACCCCGGGCACUUUGCUGCACUAUGGGAGAGCCGAGCUGAAGACUUCUGACCAUAGGCCUGUCGUUGCCCUGAUUGAUAUAGAUAUAUUUGAAGUUGAAGCUGAAGAGAGACAAAAAGUUUAUAAAGAAGUCAUUGCAGCCCAGGGCCCACCAGAUGGCACAGUACUGGUGUCGAUCAAAAGCUCUGCACAAGAAAAUACUUUCUUUGACGAUGCUUUGAUUGACGAGCUCCUGCAGCACUUCGCACACUUUGGUGAAGUCAUACUCAUCAGAUUCGUAGAAGAUAAAAUGUGGGUUACAUUUUUGGAGGGCAGCUCUGCCUUGAAUGUUCUGAGCCUAAAUGGGAAAGAGUUAUUAAAUCGGACUAUAACAAUUACUUUAAAAAGCCCAGACUGGAUCAAGAAUUUGGAAGAAGAGAUGAGUUUACAGAAAAUCGGUGCCACGUUGCCUUCGUCAACAAGCUCCACCCUGCUUGGGGAGGAUGCAGAGGUUGCAGCGGAUUUCGACAUGGAAGGUGACGUCGAUGACUAUAGUGCUGAAGUAGAGGAGCUUCUUCCUCAGCAUCUACAGCCAUCGUCCAGUUCUGGCCUUGGCACUUCCCCAAGUUCCUCACCCCGGACCAGUCCCUGCCAGUCUCCUACAGUGCCAGAGUACUGCGCACCGUCUCUUCCCGUCAGACCAAGCCGCGCACCAUCGAGAGCUCCAGGCCCUCCGGGUUCACAGGGUUCCCCGGUUGACAGUCAGCCAGCACCCCAGAAGGACUCUUCCCAGACCUUAGAGCCCAAGAGGCCACCGCCUCCCCGCCCAGGCGCUCCUCCAGCACGUCCUGCCCCGCCGCAGAGACCGCCUCCACCUUCAGGGGCUAGGAGUCCUGCACCUGCUAGAAAAGAAUUUGGAGGUGUUGGAGCCCCUCCCAGUCCUGGGGUAGCUAGGAGAGAGAUGGAAGCACCCAAAAGCCCGGGAACAACACGGAAAGAUACUAUAGGGCGUAAUCAGCCUUCACCUCAAGCAGGACUUGCAGGCCCAGGACCUGCUGGAUAUGCCGCUGCCAGACCGACUAUUCCAGCACGGGCUGGAGUGAUCAGUGCUCCUCAGAGCCAGGCCCGGGCAUCUGCCGGAAGGCUAACUCCUGAAGCUCAGAGCAAGCCCCCAGAGACAUCGAAAGGUCCAGCUGUCCUUCCAGAGCCACUGAAGCCUCAGACUGCGUUUCCUCUGCAGCCUCCACUGCCUCCACCUGCUCAAAAAAUGCAGGAGCCUCUGGUCCCCAUGGUGGCACCCAUGCCUCCUUCUGGCGCCCAGCCGAAUCUGGAAACCCCACCACAGCCCCCACCUCGGAGUAGGUCCUCUCACAGCUUGCCUGCAGACUCCUCGCCUCAGCUGCAAGUAAAAACAAAUGGAGUUUCUGGUGUCAAGCAAGAGCCAGCGUUGAAGAGUGACCCAUUUGAAGCUCUCUCCCUUAGUCUGCUUGCUGUAUCAAAGGCUCAGCUGUCUGCUCAGAUGUCACCUGUUCUAACCCCAGACCCAAAGAUUCAGUUGCCUUCUGCAUCGCAAAGUAGUGUUAACUCUUUGAGUUCUGUAAGCUGCAUGCCAGCCAUGUCUCCAGUUCCAGCACGGAGCAAGUCACAGGGGAGUAUGGGGAGCUCUGCGAACCCGGUCCCCAGCCUGCCCAGCAGGAACCCUUUCACAGACAUGACUGCUGCCCCUGGAAAUCCAUUCCGAGUUCAGUCUCAAGAGUCGGAGGUAACUUCUUGGCUCUCCAAGGAAGAGCCUGCUCCUGACAGCCCUUUCCCCCCUCUCAUGCCUCUCAGUCGGGGCACCAGCAAGCCGUCAACUUCACUUGAUGGUUUUGAGGACAAUUUUGACCUGCAGAGCCAGCCUACAGCAAAAACAAGCAACCCCAAAGGAUGGGUAACCUUUGAGGAAGAUGACAACUUUCCUACAGCAGGGAAGUCAAAGUCAGUUUGUUCAGACACACUGGGUAACGCACCAGCUUCAUUUGAUGAUGACUGGAAUAAAGGUACAAGUGUUUCUUUCUGUGUGUUGCCAGCCAGAAGACCACCACCUCCUCCUGUCCCUCUGCUCCCGCCCAGCACGAGCUCAUCCUCUGCAGGACCUUCCACAACCCUGGCGUCUAAGGCGUCUCCCACACUGGACUUCACAGAAAGAUAGUUAUCUGAUGGGAAGGGAGUUUGUGCUGGUUUGGUUUGGCUGUUUGUUCUGUUCCGUUGAGGUAGAGCAGAGAGAAUGGGGCAUUAGUUAUUCUUUAUGUGCAAUAAGUGAUCAUUAAGUGCACUGAUAGCUGUGUAAACAUCACUAGAGGGUGUGGCAGAGCUGGAGUUUGUGUAUACUGGAAAUAACAAAGACACCCUCUUAGUAACUGGAGUUCUGGUCUUUCUGUUCAGAUGAAUAGGAGAGAGCAGGAGCCAUUUUAAAAAGUGCUUAAAACUACUUUAAAAAUAAUCCUUACUCAAAAAGUCACAUAAAAUCACAGAGAGCCAACACAACUGUAGCUGACAUUGCUGCCAGCCCGCUGUGCUCGUGACCAUUGGUAUUCAUGCGUAUUUACCAAAGAGCUUCCAGAGUCACAGGGGAACAGUUCUGAAGGCCUGUGUGUGUAUACAUUGUAUGCAUAUGUUUGUAUACACACAGACAUACGUGUACACAUUUACGUAUUAAUAACACCUAAGUCUUGAGAUACGAUUCAGAUCUAACUUACCCAGCAGUUCUGACAAUGCCGUUUUCAGGGUCCCCUUAUCGAAAGGAUGGCUGCCUCCCAGGUGCUUAGACACCUUUACUAAUUUUAAAUCCCAGAGCAGAAUAACAGCUUUAGAGAACUGCCAUCCUUUAUUGUCAUAUACUCCAGCCCUUCAGAUUCACCCUCAGCACCUCCCUCCCCUGCACCUCUGCUCUGCCUUUCUCUGGGGGAGGGUAUACGGCAGUGUAGACACAUGCCACCAAGCUACACUGCUCUCUGCUGCGUGGCCCUCUCCCUCCCCCCCCCCUUCUGUCUGCUGCUUUGCCCUGGAGCGUUGCUUCCCUCCGGGAAAGCAGCUGUUGAGUGCUCUGACCUGGGAACAUAGCCCAUUGGCGUUCUCUCCCAUGUAAGGCGCCAUAACACAUCUAUGAUGCUGCUUUAAGGGUUUAGAGGCUAUACCUCACAUUUGCUGUGGAUUUUGUCUCCUGCACUGCCGGUAUGCAACCAGUCUUGCUUUUAUUUUGUGAAGAAGUACACAGAAUUUUUACAAAAAUCAAAACAUAGUAUUUUGCUAUUAAGUAAGCCAGUUGGGAAACUCCCUAAGGUGGUGUUGGGUUGGUUGCCAGUUGAAGUUGAAAUCAUAGUUACCCAUUAAGACUUAAUGUUCUUUUUACAUAAAGUUACAUGCGUACAUGCAAGUUCCUACGUCCACAUGAACCUUUAAAGACCUGUAUUUGUGAGGCUAGAGACAGUUUACGGCUGCCGUCACUUCCAUGUAAAAGCACAGCGCACCGCGUAGAGCAAUGUUAGGACAGAGCACCUUUGCAAACAAAUGCUCAGUGUUAUCAAAUACUGUAUGUAUAGAAGCAAUCCCCUGCUGCAGCCACAGUUGCUGUCAGCGGUCACCCCCCCUGAGUUUUAUAUUGUGCUUGUUGGGUUCUAAUCAUUUCAGCCGUAGUAGCUUUUCAACUGCACUGUUACUAUAGCAGUGUGCUUCAACAUGUGACUUGACUUGUUGAGACUGUGGCUGUGACACCUGUGUGACUCGUGUGUAUGGUAUCCACUCCCCAUCAGCAAGCUGAGCCACCAUUAGGAAACCGAAGCAGUGUGACCCUCAGGUGUAAAGCCACUGUAAAGUCUGUAGAGUAGCCGCUCAGCCCUGUCCACACUGCUGAAAACGCACAGAGAAGUGAAAGCUUGCUACAAAAAAACAAGGACAUUGUGUGUGAACAUUUACCAGCUCUGGUCAACACAGAGCAGGAAAUAGACACUAAGAAUCUCUGUGAAUGUCUGUUCUCUAUAGUAGAUUGCUGUUUAUAUGUAUGUAAGAGUUUUAUUGCUUAUGUGGCAAACAAUAUUUAUAACUAUAUACUUCAUAGAAGUACAGUAUUAAAGUCAGUGGUAUACAUUCUGUACAUAUCCUGUGAAAUGUGCUGUCAUAUGAAAUAAAUAUAUCUGUCUUUACCACUA